UAAAAUAUUGAAACCAGUGAGAGAAGAGUUGAGAGUUUUCAUGAAGAGCUAAUAUUGAUACCCAUUAUUAUGCCAUCUCCUCCCCAGUAGGCUCACAUCAGGGAAUAAUUGUAUUUUACCAGAGAAAUAUCAAGGUUUCUAAAGAAAUACCUACUUGAGCAAAUGCAUCAGAAGUUUCCCCUCCACGCUAAAAGAUUUUAAGGAUUAUAUCUUUAUCCUUGAAAUUUAAAAACAUUUGCCAGGACAUGUCUUGGUGUUGAUGAUCUCUGUUGAACCUUCUCAGUCUGCAGUCUCAGGAUAAAUGAGGAGCUGAUUCUUAAUCCUGUCACAUUGGAAUUUAGGUUUCCAAUUUGGAGUUCUUUUUGGAAAAAUAAUUAUGAAUGGACAGCAAAUUAUGGAUGAACCUAUGGGAGAGGAGGAGAUUAAUCCACAAACAGAAGAAGGCAGUAUCAAAGAAAUUGCAAUCACACAUCAUGUGAAGGAAGGACAUGAAAAGGCAGAUCCUUCCCAGUUUGAGCUUUUGAAAGUAUUAGGGCAGGGAUCAUUUGGAAAGGUUUUCUUAGUUAAAAAAAUCUCAGGCUCUGAUGCUAGACAGCUUUAUGCCAUGAAGGUAUUAAAGAAGGCCACACUGAAAGUUCGAGACCGUGUUCGGACAAAAAUGGAGCGUGAUAUCUUGGUAGAAGUCAAUCAUCCUUUUAUUGUCAAAUUGCAUUAUGCUUUUCAAACUGAAGGGAAGUUGUAUCUUAUUUUGGAUUUUCUCAGGGGAGGAGAUUUGUUUACACGCUUAUCCAAAGAGGUGAUGUUCACAGAAGAAGACGUCAAAUUCUACUUGGCUGAACUUGCACUUGCUUUAGACCAUCUGCAUAGCCUGGGAAUCAUCUAUAGAGACUUAAAACCAGAAAACAUACUUCUUGAUGAAGAAGGUCACAUCAAGUUAACUGAUUUUGGCCUAAGUAAGGAGUCUAUUGACCAUGAGAAGAAGGCUUAUUCUUUUUGUGGAACUGUGGAAUAUAUGGCUCCAGAAGUAGUUAAUCGGAGAGGUCAUACUCAGAGUGCUGACUGGUGGUCUUUUGGUGUGUUGAUGUUUGAAAUGCUCACUGGUACACUACCUUUCCAAGGAAAAGAUCGUAAAGAAACAAUGACUAUGAUUCUUAAAGCCAAACUUGGGAUGCCACAGUUUCUGAGUCCUGAAGCCCAGAGUCUUUUACGAAUGCUUUUCAAACGGAAUCCUGCAAACAGAUUAGGUGCUGGACCAGAUGGAGUUGAAGAAAUUAAAAGGCAUUCAUUUUUCUCAACAAUAGACUGGAAUAAACUGUAUAGAAGAGAAAUUCACCCACCUUUUAAGCCUGCAACUGGCAGGCCUGAAGAUACAUUUUAUUUUGAUCCUGAGUUUACUGCAAAAACUCCCAAAGAUUCACCUGGCAUUCCACCUAGUGCUAAUGCACAUCAGCUUUUUCGGGGGUUUAGUUUUGUUGCUAUUACCUCAGAUGAUGAAAGCCAGGCUAUGCAGACAGUUGGUGUGCAUUCAAUUGUUCAGCAAUUACACAGGAACAGUAUUCAAUUUACUGAUGGAUAUGAAGUCAAAGAGGAUAUUGGUGUUGGCUCAUACUCCGUUUGUAAGAGAUGUAUACAUAAAGCCACAAACAUGGAGUUUGCAGUGAAGAUUAUUGAUAAAAGCAAGAGAGACCCAACAGAAGAGAUUGAAAUUCUUCUUCGUUAUGGACAGCAUCCAAACAUCAUUACUCUAAAGGAUGUGUAUGAUGAUGGAAAAUAUGUGUAUGUGGUAACAGAACUUAUGAAAGGAGGUGAAUUGCUGGAUAAAAUUCUUAGACAGAAGUUUUUCUCAGAGCGAGAGGCCAGUGCUGUCCUGUUUACUAUAACCAAAACUGUUGAGUAUCUUCAUGCACAAGGGGUGGUUCACAGAGACUUGAAACCUAGCAACAUUCUUUAUGUGGAUGAAUCUGGUAAUCCAGAAUCUAUUCGAAUUUGUGAUUUUGGCUUUGCAAAACAGCUGAGAGCAGAAAAUGGUCUUCUCAUGACUCCUUGUUAUACUGCAAAUUUUGUUGCACCAGAGGUUUUGAAACGACAAGGUUAUGAUGCUGCCUGUGAUAUAUGGAGUCUUGGUGUCCUCCUUUAUACAAUGCUUACUGGUUACACUCCAUUUGCAAAUGGUCCUGAUGAUACCCCAGAAGAAAUACUGGCUCGGAUAGGUAGCGGGAAAUUCUCACUCAGUGGUGGUUACUGGAAUUCCGUUUCAGAUACAGCAAAGGACCUGGUGUCAAAGAUGCUUCAUGUAGAUCCUCAUCAGAGACUGACUGCGGCUCUUGUGCUCAGACAUCCUUGGAUUGUGCACUGGGACCAACUGCCACAAUACCAACUAAACAGACAGGAUGCACCACAUCUUGUAAAGGGUGCCAUGGCAGCUACAUACUCUGCUUUAAACCGCAAUCAGUCACCAGUUUUGGAACCAGUAGGCCGCUCUACUCUUGCUCAGAGGAGAGGCAUUAAAAAAAUCACCUCAACAGCCCUGUGAAGUGACCUCAGUGAGAUAUUUGGUACCAUUAUGUAAGCUGAUAGCACAAGUCCUGGCGACAGGUAGCACAUACCUGAGAGACACCUGCAAGCACACAAUGUCCCAGCUGGUACCCAUAAUGCUGCUGCUCCUGCUUUCGUCUCUUCUCGCUUUAAUUGAUUGUUAGCAAGUUAGAUUUUCCUGGAGCUUCGAAAUGAAAAUGGAAACAUGAUGAAGAUAUAAUCACUGAAUCAACAAGAAAAAUAAUGAACACAUGAAUACCACCUAAAAUACACUGAAUAAAAGUACUCUACACCAUAUAGCAUUAUUUUUAUAGGAAAUAUUUCAUGUCCCCUAAAUAGUCUUUAUUGGUUAUAGGGAUGGACAGUUUAUGUUAAGCACUUAGCUUAAACAAUCCGUUUAUAUUAGCACUGUAUCCCUUGUGCCAUUCAACAUUUUGUAUGUUUUUGUAAACAGUUCAUAUACAGUACAUUUCUGUACUGCUUUCUUUGAUGUAUACAUGCCUUGUUUAACUUGGAAUCUAUUAAUCAAUUGACUAUUAAAUCUGGAUAAAUAGUUCAUGUGGAUUAGCGGUAUUGUUGGGAAACGUUAAAGAUGGCCAGAUUGAUUGAACAGCUGUUGAAUGUAAUUCUUUCAAAUUGUACAUACCUUCCCCUGUCUGUUUCACUGGUUUGUUCAUUUGUUUCUUCAAGUCAGGUGCUCUGUCAGACUAACCUAAAGAGCUGUUAAUGGUAGAGAAAGUUGUUGUGUGUGUGGCAUGAAAUCAAGAAUACACCUAUGAAGUUAGUCCACAUACUUUGUGAUUUCUUAGGGUUUCUUUUCCUUAAUUAAGGAAGUAAUCCUUGAACUUUUAAACUUACAUAAUCCUCAUAUGUGGUAUUUGGCAUAUUGUUUGAAAUCUUACCAACAUACAUCGAAGGCCUUUAAAAGAAUCAUAGUAAAGAAAUUGGAAAAGGAAAACUUAGCAACUGGUAAUUAAAGCCUUACUGGAUAUUUCAUGUUUAAACAUAUAUUCUAUAUUAAACACUAAUUUGAAUAUAAUAAAGGCCACAGGCCUCCAUAUGAAAUUGGAUUUAAACUUUCUUAUUCUAGAGAAUAAAAUAUUCUUGGCCAAACAGUAUCUGUUCUAACCUGAAGUCAUAACUGAGGCAGGCUCAAUGACUGAUCAGCACUGACUGUUUCCUGAAUCCUGCUGAUUAUUUAUGUUUCCUUUGACUUCAGUAGUAACCAGUUUUCAUAAUGGCCCCUGGCUGUGCAGUGUUCAGUAUCUAUAUCUAACUUGCUAGUUUCCAGUUCCAUUGACAAAAGAAACUUCUGUACCAUUCAUUACCCCUAUCUGUAUCACACUACCCAGUGUACAUUAAUAUGUGAUGCGAAAACCAUGAGCAAAGAAAAAAAGGGAGUUAACUUACCUCAGCAGGAAUGUGCCCUAGUAGAUGGGAGUCAUUUACUGAGCCAUUUACAUCAGAAAUCUCACUUAGAGUACGAACCCAAGAGUGUGCAUUUGCAGUUCAUAAAAGACACUUGUCAUUUUGUAUCUUCUGUGCUAUUAAAGAGAAAGACAAAAUCUCUAAUACCGCCUUUGCCCAAGCAACACAAAAUGAUGAUUGCAUAGAAACCAAAUGUAAGUUUAUCUUCUAAAUGAAAAAUAUGUAUUAGAGGGAUGCCAGAAGUUCUAUGUACCAACUACUGAAGUUCUUGUGUAUGUGGAUGCUAAAUAUUCAAAGUUGCUUUCCAUUGCCUUGCAAGAAAGCCUUUCCCACUCUUCAGUAUGUCAGAUUCUUCAAUUUAUCCCAUCUCUAGUUUAGUUUUUCCUCAUAACACCAUGCUGCCUUUCACAUUAUCACCAAAAGGAGUUAAAGUCAAAAUCAUGUAUUUUUAGGGCAGUCCUCUACUAUAUGAUGCCAAAUUUAUUUCCUUUAAGAAUUGCCUUAUUUGUCUAGUUAAGCUGCCAGUUUUAUUGGAGAAAAGCAAGUUAUAGAUUCACAAAACUGAAGGCUUCUUACUGACAAAACAGGUUAGGAGCAUAAGUCACUUCAUCUGUGGCUCUAGUGUUCACACUCUCUUAGGGCAAACAGCCAACAAUGUAGUUCUUGUGCUUGGUUAGCCUUUCCAUUCAUUUCACAAAGUCCAUUUCCUACAGGCCACCAUACUUAAGGGAUUAAUAAGGCUCCUGAAGUCUUCUGCCUUUCACCCAUCACUGCCAGUCUCUGGGGCUUAUCCCAGAGUUGUCAGCCCUGCUUUUAUGUUUCACUGAAACAAGGAACUAAACUGACAGGACUCUUUUUACAGACAUUUCUUGGUUUGUGAUGCAAAAUAACAUCCCAAACAAUAGAAAUGCAUUUAACAUAGGCAAGCACAUACUGGAAACUACAAAUUCAAAUACUAUGUUUUGCAUCUUCCCUUUCAAGUGAUAUUAAAUUAAGGUAAGUUUUUUGUUUGUUUGUUUGUUUUGCUUUUUAUGAAUCAUUUCAACUCCUGUUUAAAAAGGUAUCUUUUAAGUGCAUUAAUCCCUUGAAUUUAACAGAUGUAAUGUAAAUCUGUUUUUCACAAGCAAUCCCAAAAUUCUAAAAAUAAUUUUGGCAAGACUCAAAGUCAAGAUGCUGUGAAGCUGGCAUAUGGAAGAGGAAGUUCUGAGUGUCUGGAGAGAGGGUGUAGAGUAUGUGUGGUCGUUUCCACAUUUUGCAUGCAUUGCACUUCAAAGAACAGGUUGGGAGGAUCAACCAUUUUCCAUCUGUUCUCUAGAUGUGGCUUGUGUUGGGAUCAGAAGAAAUCAAGAGAAGUGGGGGUGUCCUUAAAGCUGUGCCCAUACCCUCAGUCAGGGAAGGAUUUGAACAGAUGGGUGCAGAGGCUUCAAGAGAAGACAUGUAAUUGAUAGGAAAAGGACCCAAGUAGACUCAUCCUGGGAUGAUAGUUAGCCAAAGACUUUCUAGACUUUGGGACCUUAAUAUAGAUGUUCCUAUUCACUGUGGAGGCCAGUAACAUAUAUCUCAGCAUGACUUUGAUAGUCUCCAGUCCCUGGCUUUUAUGAAUUACCUAUAAUAUUUCAGGCUGUUUUUCUCUAUUUUGUAAAAUGAGUUCUUAGUGUGAUGAUAAGAAUUUGAGACUUGUGAAAUUAUUCAGAGAGCUCUGGAACGUAAAGUAUCAAAAAGGUCUAUUUUCUGUGGCUCACAAAAGCAAUGGAUGCCAUGGCUGAUCUUGGUGCUUAAAACCAGGAGGGUCCAGUCUAACUCUGUAUCUGUUCCUCCACAAGAGCCAACUGGAUGUAUACUUUGAGCCUUAUUUAAUUCACAGAGAAGUUGACUUAAUUCAGUGUUUUCAUUUCAAUUAAUGAAAGUAGUCCUCUUUUCAACCCCAGGUUGCUUACAUUUUGCUGAUCUCCCCAAGUGACCAUUGGUGGAGACCAAUUAAUGAAGGAAUAAAUUCAGUUUCUAAAGACUGUGGUAUUCUACAGAGCCACACCUAACCACUUUUUGCACUGAAGAAUCUACACAGUGAUAAUGCCCAAAUAUGGAUGGCCAAGAAGAUUUUUUUAUCUACAGUGUGCUUUGUGUGUUUUUGACACUGCUGUAUUCUGUGUUGCUAAGUGGCUUGUAACUGGUUCCAAAGGGACAGUUCUCUAAAAAUUCUAAUAAUUGAGUCAACUUAAUUUUCUUAAACCUGGUGUCACUAUAAAUCUCACAUUUACCAUUUUAUUCCAGUCUUUUACCUGUUCAUAAUGGGCAUAGCAAGGGUUGGGAUGAGAGCCUACUUCCUACCUCUUAAGGCACUUUCCUCAUCGUUUUGCCAUAUAACCUUGAACUGCAUGAUAAGCUGUUGAAAUAUCAUGACUUUCCCCAGAGCAACUAGCAAGGUGUAUGAUGUUUUGACUAGUGAUUAGUGAAAAGGAAAACUUAGAGAUUCAAGUACAGAUGUAUGAACCUUAAGAAAAUGUCUUCUAGCACAUACCAUUUAAGUACAGUAUAUGGAAAUGUAUUUGAGAAGAGAGUCAUUAUAAUAGUUCUCUCUAAGUAGAUUAGUUCAAUGUCCAAUGAAAGUGAACACCUUUAUUCCUAUAUUACUAUAGUACUGAAUGAACUGUAUACUGAGUUUUUCAAACAAGUAUUUAAAGUAGAACUUUUAAGUACAAAGCAAGGGCAUGAGGAUAAAGACUUGGGUUGUGUUUCUGUAAGUGUAGUUGACCUUAUAAAGCUUUGUUUUUUAAUUUAAAAAAGGUUUGCCAUUCAUUAGCAUCCUUAAUGAUUAUGAGUGAUGAGUGUGUAACUCAAAAUCAUAUACAUGUAUUAGUUUAUCUUAACUUUUGCCCUAAAUAAAAGGGAAGGUAGACACCUAAAAGAUGUAAUUAUUUUGCAUUUUUUUGGCGAUGGGCGGGGAUGGGAUGAGUAUCUACUUUAGCAGUUUUUAAAAAAGAAAAAAAUCACAAAUAUUUUUCUACUAUUAUAUAUGAUCUUACUUUAUACUAGUUUAUCUCUAGUAAGGCAUGCCAGAAGCCCAAGCAAGGUACCAUAUCAAGGGUUCUUAUGUGUUGUACCUUUUAUUGGUGGGUAAAUCGCAUAGAUGCUUGGCCCUGCUGCCAUAGUUAUGAAAUGCUUGUGAGGAUCAGUUUUCAUUGAGUACUUUAAGUUGUUUUACUUAAGAGUCUAAUCUGGGAGGUUUGCAAAUCAUACUAUUAAUGUGUAAUCUAAGCUCUUUCCAAUGUAUCCAUGAAUAAUCCUGGAACAAUAUUGCUUGUAUUCCUGUCAAAGAACAGGUUUUGUAAUCUUUAAAAGAAAUGGAAAUUUAUAUAAUAAAGUUUCAAGUAAAGCA